CAGUUAAUAGGAAUAGGGAAUAGCUAAUAACUAUAGUAAUAGCAAGAGCUACAGGAACUAUGUCUUAUUUAGUAGACUCCAUCAUCCCUGGCACAGCUGCCUGUUCGUUCGCGCGUGUGUGAAUGUGUUGGGGAAACACAAUAUGCAUGUAUACUUAUAUUAUUGUUUUAUCCGUUUCAGUCAUACAUGAGGUGACAAGUUACAUGUUAAUCUUCCCUAGCAACGAUUACAGCAGAAUAUCAGUGUCCUACAACGUGUCUGACGUAAUUAACGGGUUCAAAAGGAGGGCUUCGUCGCUCUGGAUAAUGAACAUAACAUUAAGCAUUGUCGUAAUAAGCACAAUAACACAUUUCUCAGAACAAAUGAAUGCAAUCUCACUGAGGGUUUAACGCACCGAUACGUCCCUGGACCACCUUGUAAUUCAUAUUUUUCGUUUAAUUUCUGCUUUUCGUCAGACAGAUGCCAUCAUACCAUCCUCACCUCUUUCUGACAACUUGUUUCCAAUCGCGAUGACUGAGAUUAAUAAAGCUAAACUGGAUAUUGAAUAAACAAUGCUGCGUAUUUCACAAUGCUUCCAAACUGAGGCCAAGGUACUGAAAUAGCAAAUAGACUCCAAGACCAGAAUGUAAAUAUCUGUGGUAUACUUGGAUGCCAGAUACCAGCCUUGUCAGCCACGUCACUUCGUGUAAGAUUUUUGUUCUUCCUUCUCAACUCUCCAGAUAUCACAGCGCAGGUUUAGGGACCGUUUUGGAUCUUCUGAAGGCACUGCACUAAGGCUGACCUACCCAGCAUCAUGGUCAAGCGGGUGGCUGUCAUCGGGGGAGGUGCGGCGGGCCUGGUGGCCACGAAGACGUGUCUGGAGGAGGGUCUGGAACCCACGUGCUUUGAUCGGCGGGACUCGCUGGGUGGACUGUGGGUGUUUGACGAGAAGGUGCAGGACAACCUGUCCAACUGUAUGUGGACGACCACGAUGAACACCAGCAAGGAGAUUAUAGCUUUCAGCGAUUUCCCAAUGCCUAAGAAAUUUCCCAAUUUCAUUCGCAGCAGCCAUGCCGAGGAAUACCUCCAGAGCUACGCGCUGAACUUUAACCUCGACAAGUUCACACGCUUGAGUACAGAGGUCGUGAUGAUCAAGAGAGCGGAGGAUUUUUUUACCUCCGGAAGGUGGACAGUGACAAGUAAGAAUUUGAAAAACGGAGAAACAAUGACCGAGGUGUUUGACGGUGUGAUGGUGUGCUCCGGCCAUCAUCUUGAAAAGCACAUCCCGAAACUACCAGGACUCGAUGAGUUCAAAGGUCAGAUUAUGCACUCCCACGACUAUCGCAAGCCGCUGACUUUAACAGGUAAACGGGUGCUCGUCGUGGGCCUCGGCAAUUCCGGAGGUGAUAUCGCUUCAGAAGUUGGACUUUCAACGGAGGUGAUGCUGAGCACGCGCCGCGGUGCCUGGGUCAUGGAGCGGAGAGGAAGCCGCGGUCUGCCUUGGGACAUUGAGAUGCUGACUCGCUUUGGUAGUCUUGUGGACAAGCUUCUUCCCUUGUCCUUAUCUCAGAAGCUUUUAGCCGCCAGUUUUAUGGCCAAACUUGACCACGACCUGUAUAGUCUCACAACUACAUCAAUGCCAAAAGGAGUAUCUGGCUUCCUCAGUGAUGACCUGGCCAACCGUAUCCUGUGUGGAAGAGUACACAUCAGAGAUGACAUCAAGCGCUUCGCGGAGUCCAGCGUGGAGUUCGUUGACGGGACUGUAGAGGAUGUUGACGUUGUCAUCCUGGCGACUGGCUACCACAUCCGCUUCCCCUUCAUAGAGAAAGAGGGGGUGGACAUCAAGGACAACCUUAUGCCUCUCUACAAAAGAGUUUUUCUUCCGGACCUGGAACACCAAACUCUAUCCUUCAUCGGGUUUUUCAAUGUCAGUGGAUCACUUUGGCAAAUCUUUGAGCUGCAGAGCAGGAUGGCUGUCUACACGCUGACUGGUGCAAUUAAAUUACCAAGUCGGAGAAAGAUGAAAGAAGAUAUCCGAGAAAUGGAGAAAAAACGAACCCAGAUUUGUCCAGACUCUCUGAGACAUUCGGUGGCAGUGGCUUGGUUUCCUUUCAUGGAGGAACUUGCUGAGGUGAUUGGCUGCAAGCCAAAUGUUUGGCGACUUCUGCUGACCGACCCCAAACUGGGACUCAAAGUCCUUUUUGGACCAGUCGUCGGCGCCCAUUAUCGCCUGCACGGACCUGGACAGUGGUCAGGAGCCCGCCAUUCUAUUCUAACCGUCAUGGACAGAGUGUACUACCCGUUUAACACCCGGAAAGUGCCGUCGGGACUGCCCCAAAGCAUCGAACUUUUGCGUCGUUUGUUGUACCCAUCGACAUUACAGAUCCUGGCUAUGUACCUUUUCAUCCUGAUGCUUCUUGUGUUAGUUUUUGUAGUGUAAGACUCACUUCAUAAUAUGACAGACUGGAAGUUGACAGACAGACAUUCAUUUUCUUGCGAUUUGUUUAUAUCCAAAAGUAUUGCUUGAUCCAUAACCAGGAAAUUUGGUUUUCUUAUAAUUUCAAUUUAUUGUUGAUGACUGUAUAGUCCUUGUAACAAGCAGUCUUUUCAUUUAUCUGGCUUCCAUAACAAAUUAUUUAUUACAAUUUAAGGUCUCUCUCUAACACACACAAACUUUAGAGAGAUUGAUUUUUUUUACAUCACAUCAAUUAUUGCUGAUGAAUGAAUAUUAUGAAUUAUUAUUUCAUAAAUA